AUGCUCCAAGCGCCGAGCCAACACGUCUUCUCUCACCAACACCAAUACCCCCAGGCCGAUCCCUCCUGGCUGCAGCAUCAGCAGCACCACCAGGCUCAGCCACACCACCAGUCGCAACAGCAGCACGCUUCCCUGGUUGCUCAACAGCAUGCUCAGGUGCAAGCCGCGGCUGCCGCGGCCCAGCAACAACACUAUGGCCGCAUUGCGAUGAGUGGUAAUGGCGCCGGGAAUCCCGCGCAGGGAAACGGUGGCGCUGCUGGCAUGGGAGGAGACGGGAUGGCGAACGGAGUCAACGUCAUGGAUGGAGGCAUCAGCGAAGAGAAUCGCAAGGUCUUCAUCUGGGUCGCAGAACUCUUGGAUCCCGCUCGCCGGGAAACCGCCUUGAUGGAACUGAGCAAGAAACGGGAACAGGUUCCUGAAUUAGCACUGGUCAUUUGGCACUCUUUCGGUGUCAUGACCGCGCUCCUCCAGGAAAUCAUCUCGGUUUACCCGCUGUUGAACCCCUCUCAACUGACUGCCGCCGCUUCAAAUCGAGUCUGCAAUGCGCUGGCGCUUUUGCAAUGCGUCGCAUCUCACAAUGAGACCCGUACCCUGUUCUUGAACGCUCACAUCCCUCUUUUCCUCUACCCUUUCCUCAAUACCACAUCCAAGUCUCGCCCCUUCGAGUACCUCCGUCUGACGUCGCUGGGUGUGAUCGGCGCCCUGGUGAAGAAUGAUUCUUCCGAUGUGAUCAACUUCCUCCUGACCACCGAGAUCAUCCCUCUCUGUCUUCGGAUCAUGGAAACCGGAUCUGAGCUUAGCAAGACCGUUGCCAUUUUCAUUGUACAGAAGAUUCUGCUUGACGAUAUUGGCUUGGGCUACAUUUGUGCGACAUACGAGAGAUUUUAUGCGGUGGGCACUGUUCUCAGCAACAUGGUCACCCAGCUGGUAGAGCAACAGACUGUCCGCCUACUUAAGCAUGUUGUGCGCUGCUUCCUUCGACUUAGUGACAACAGCCGGGCCCGCGAGGCCUUAAGACAAUGUCUCCCCGAACCUCUCCGGGAUGCCACGUUCUCCUCGGUCCUCCGCGACGACGCAGCCACCAAGCGCUGUCUGGCUCAGCUCCUCAUCAACUUAUCCGACACUGUCUCGGACGGGGCUCCGGCAGCCAUGUAA